AUGACACUAUGGUUUUUAUAUUUAUUUAUCAAAUCAAUUGAAUCAUUUCAUUCUUUAAAUCCAUCAGAUUUAUUAUGCAAAAAAUAUUAUUAUCGAUUGAUUACCGAUCAAUGGAGUUAUAUCAUCACGUCAGAUAAUCCAUUAAUCGCUAUUCAUGCUACUAUUGGUCUAGAUAAUAAGCAUGUAUCUCAUUUAUUAACAGAACUAUGGUAUGAACAAAUCAAUCAUCAACCUCUAAUAGUGCAAUCAUCAUGGCCUUUUUUUAAAUCAUAUGGUGAAUUAAAUAAAGAUCAUGAUCAUUUUUGGGAUUUUAAUUUUUCUUCAAUUUUAAAUAAAUCAAAUUUAUUUUUUGAUCAUAAAUCAAUACUUAAUAUACAAUCAACAAUAUUUAAUAAACCAAUUGAUCUUAUCAUUCGACGAAAACAAUGGAACAAUUGUUCUUAUCCAAAAUCAUCAAUAGAUUUUGCUAUUUGUUGUGGUUUAUGCAGUAUAAUUGAUACUUGUCCGGAAAUAAAAAUUCUUCAUAAACAUUCAAGACAUGAUAUCAUUGUAACAAAUCGUGGUUUAAUUAUACAUCGAACAUUGAAAAUAUUUCCUGAAGAAUUUAUUUGUUCACUCUUUCCAUCAAAUCAAACAUAUCGUUUUUGGUCAACAAUAACUAAUUCAAUGAAUAUUGGUCAAAUACCAGAUAGUAAGAUUUUAAAUAGAUAUUUCGCAUAG